AUGUCGGAUCUACUUGAAUUAGAGCAAGAUGUUACAGCACUUCGAAGAGAAAUCGAAUCCCUUACAAAGAGAAGAGAUGCUGUUAAAGACAAAUUAGCUAAUAAUGAAAUUGAAGAAUAUACACAGAAACCUAUUUCUAAGGAUUUUGAAGAUUUGUUUCAAAGUCAUCCACAAUUGUACGACUUAUUAUCUUCUGAUAAGGAUAAGAAUAAGAGUAAGAAGAAGCCAUCUUCGGAAGAGAGAGAUGAGGGGAAACAUAUGACAAGUGAAAUUUCUAAUAAACGUGUGAAACCAAACGAGCAAGAUACAGAUAUUAGCGAAGAUGAGUGGAUAUUGAAAUCACAGCCUUUGGUGCAACAUAAAAUGUUUAAUUCAGGGAUUUCAGAUAUGAUCAAUACCGAUAUUUUAACAUCACCAUCUAAACGUAAAUUAAAGCUAGGUAAUAUUGAUGAUGACAGUGAGACUAGUAAAGGAAAUAAACAGAAAAAUUUGAAUAAAAAAAUCAGAAUUGAAAAUUUAUUUCGGUUAUUUGGCAUUACAUUUUUCCCAUUAGUUGAUCCAACAGAUUUAAAGAUGAAUAAAGAAUUAAAAACUAUGGAAAUUAAAAGAGAAAUGUUAGGUAUACGAUUAGAAAUUUAUAAUGAACACAAUUCAACUUUCGAGAAACCCCAUUAUAUCUUAUUAAAGAAAAAAUUGAAAAUUGAUAGUUGGAUGAUUUUUAAGCAUACAAUACCAUCUUAUAUCGAUAUUGAAAGCAAAUGGUUUGGAAUUAAUAAUGGUAUGUUAAAUACCUAUGAUGAAAUAAACGUCUUCGCUAAAGAAGUUUACAUUGAAUUAAUACAUGGAAAUAUAAGAGAACAAAAAAUUCAAAAAUUAACAGAAUUAGAAUACAUCAGAGAUUGUCAAACCGAUGUCAAUUCAUCUAGAGUUAUAUUAACAUUAAUAGAUCAAUAUGAAAUAGAACUAUUCCUAAAAAAUGAAACUAUAGUAUCCUGUAAGAUUCCAACAGAUAGAAUGGAACCAAUGUUGAAAAAUAAGUGGCAAAUAAUUCUUUUGGGAACAAUAGAUGAACUUCCGAACAAACUAUCACAAUUAAAUAAUAUGUUAAAUUAA